AUGACAUCGAAUAUGCGAGAUUAUUUAUCUAAGAAAAAAUUAAAGCUCUCAUCAGCAGAUUCAAGUCAUAUGAAUGUCGAUGAUUUUUUUACAUCAGGAACUUUAACUAGCUAUCAUAUCAAGAAACUGUCAAAGCCAUCAACUACUACUCGCAAUAGUAUUUUUUCAAAAUUUAAUCAAUCAUCCUCUCUAGGAAAUAAAUUUUCUUUUGAUAAGUCUACUGCAACUACAAAAUGCCAUGCGGGAUCCAACCACUCAUUCAAAGCAAGCUCAACCAAAGUCAAAGGCCCAGUUUUAAAAGCAAGGGACAAUUUUGAUGAAUUUUAUAAAAGCAUAGGUCCAAGUUCAAUAAAAAAAUCAAAAGGUGCACUUUUCGAGGGAAGCUCAGACUCAAGUUUUUCCAAAAAAAUCGACGAGUUGUUUACAACAACGCUGAAAGUGCAUGCCGACCAAGAUGGCCAAAAAUUAAGUGAGAUUUUUGAACUGAAGGAUAUAAAAACUCUGAGUCAAUUAGUCAAAGAAAAAUCUCUAUCUGAUGAAGACCCAAGGUAAAAUUUAUAUAGCUAUUUAAGCCAUCUAAAAACUCUGGCUCUCAAUAUUUUGAAUACUUUGAAUGAUAUAGAGAAGCAAAGUGAGUAA